AUGAGAAAGGAUCUUUCGAGAGAAGUGCUGCCCACACACUACGACCUGUCCAUUGAUGUUAAACCAGAGAUGUUCAAUGGAUCAGUUACAAUGCAUCUUAAAGCAGAGAAAAGCAUAAGCACUUUUAGGUUCAAUAGUAAAAAUUUAGAGUUGUCUAACUUAGAGGUAAAGAGGAAUGGGAAAACAAUCGGUUCUAAAAUAGGAGAAUGCGAUAAUGAGUUUGUUGCUGUACAUCUCAACGAAGAGAUCGUUGGGGAUUUUACUCUCUUCGUGGAAUUCAAUGGAGUUUAUUCUACCUCAAUGGAAGGAUUCUACAAGAGCAAAUAUAACAAUGUUGAUUUGUUCUCGACCCAUUUUGAGCCUGCAGAUGCUAGACAGGCAUUUCCAUGUUUUGACCAGCCUGACAUGAAGGCUACCUUUUCGAUUACACUCAAUGUUCCUGAUGGAUUCAUGGCCUUGUCCAACGGUGCACUUCUGGAGCAGUCUGGCACCCGCUUUGUUUUUGAAAAAACCCCCAUUAUGUCUACGUAUAUCGUAGCCUAUGUUGUGGGGCAGCUAGAGUACAUCGAGGAUGACUCCUACAUUCCCAUUAGGGUCUAUGCAGACAAGUCUGAGAAGCACUGGGGAAAGUUUGCACUAAAUGUUGCCACGCGAUGCUUAAAGUUCUAUGAAGAGUAUUUUGAGGCCAAGUAUCCCUUGAAAAAGCUGGACAUGGUGGCAAUACCUUCUUUUGCCAUGGGUGCAAUGGAGAACUGGGGAUUAGUAACAUAUAGGAAAACAGCACUCUUGUUUGACGAGAAAUCUACGCCCAUUAUAUCUAAAAAGAAUAUAGCCGUAACAGUGUGCCACGAACUAGCACACAUGUGGUUUGGAAACCUUGUAACUAUGAAGUGGUGGGAUGAUCUAUGGCUUAAUGAAGGAUUUGCCACUUGGGCAGCUACGCUUGCCAUACAGAAUUCUCUUCAGGAUAUACUUUCCUGGGAUGCAUGGACCAGCUUCAUCAAUGACGAGGUAGAAAACGGGAUGGAGAUGGAUUGCAGAAAAUCCACGCAUAGGAUCGGAAUUGAGGUGAACGAUCCUGUUGAGAUCAAUCAGAUCUUUGAUGCGAUAUCCUACAGUAAAGGGUCUUCAGUUAUCAAAAUGUUGGAAAAUUGGUUAGGACAUGAAGUGUUUAGGGAGGGGCUGGUCCAUUAUAUUAAAAAGUUUAGCUACUCGAAUACCAUCACUUCAGACUUGUGGGACUCUCUAAGUCUUAUUGCUAACCAGAACAGCACAGAAGAUGAAAACAAUAAUGUUGUGGCUGUCAAUGUUGGUUCCAUUGUUGAUCCGUGGAUACGUAGAGAUGGGUUCCCAUAUUUGGUCGUUGAAGAGGCACCCGAUCAAGUUAAGCUUACCCAGAAGAGAUUUACAGUUGGAUAUAAGCUCGAUGACAAGCCUUGGCCUAUUCCCCUAAGAAUCAUGUGGAUUGAUAAAGAAGUAGGCCAAGAUGUGAGCGCUAGCUCCAAGAAGAUUAAAUUGGACAAUCUCUCCUCAAGAGCCUACAUAAUGCACGAUGAAACCUUCGAAAUUGAAAAGGAAUCUUCUAUUUAUAAAAUCAACAGUGAGGUUUCCGGAUUUUACCGUGUUGAGUAUCCCGGGAAGGUUCUAAAAAGACUAUUCGACUACUCUUUAAGCACGGCCGAUAGGAUGAAUCUGUUCUCAGAUUCGUUUGCACUGGCAAAGGCACUCUAUACUCCUCUCCAAGAUUCCUUGGCUCUAGUUGACUAUUUAGUUACUGAAAAUAACCACGAGGUUCUUCUGUCUGUGCUCUCUGGCCUAUCCUACUUCCGCUCUGUAUUUUAUGAUAGCCCAUCCAAAGUUGAGUUCUUUACUUCUAAAAUAAAAGAUAUUGUUGAAGAAAGGUUUAGACAGAUUGAUAUUAAGGUACGUGCAGAAGACAUCAACACAAUUUCUCUCCACUCUCUUAUUGUUGCUCGUGCUAUCAACAUCGGGCUUCCAGAAGCUCUUGCAAAGCUUAGGACAGCCAAGCUGUCCGAGAUUAAUCCAGAGUAUCUCAGACCGUACCUCAUGUCAAGAAUUGACGACGAAUUUGAGAAUACCUUUAAUUUGUACAAGACCAGUACUAGGCCAGGAGAGAAGCAAAGCGCCCUCUUUGCUCUGGGAGCUACAAGUAUUGAAAAGAACAUUGAAUUUAUAUUCAGUAAUAUUGAGCAGAUUGAGCCACAGGACUCCUACUACGUCUUUGUCUCCUUCUCCAACAAUCUUAAGUUCAGGAACAAGGCCGCCAUGCUUUUGAUUGAGAAUUUUGGAAGGAUUAAAAAGCACAUUGGAAAUUCUAGUCUUGUCAGGGCUUCCAUUGAGUAUCUGCUCAGCCAUGUUUAUCAGGACAAAUUUAAGGAUAAGGUCAUUAAAUUCCUGGAUUCAAUAAAAGAAGAUAGGGAGAUGAAGAGCGCUAUUGAAAAAUGCACUGAUGCUUUAUCGAUUGGCGAGGGAAUACGAUCAAAGUAUUCUGCUAUUGACUUUAAUUAA